AAAAAGUUGUUUUACCCUCAGAAAUAAAUAUUAAGAAUUAAUUAAUUUAACCAGUUUCAAGCCUUUAAAUCAGUCCUCAAAGUCUAUCAAACAUCCAUAAAUGUAAUCUACUAAGUUUCUGAUCAAAAUUCAUACGAAUCAAAGUCAUUAAGUGAAAAAUAAAGCAAAAAAAGUUAAUUCAACAAAAUGAUAAGAGAGUUAUCAGGUCCAUUAAUAGUUUUACUGCUAGCUGGGACCAUUUUAACAGCCACAAUAUUCAUAAUCUUCGCUAAGAGACAGAUAACAAGGUUUACUUUGAAAUCCAGACAUACUCCACAUGCACCGUUAGGUCAAAAUGCUAAUAAGCCAAUCAAAAAAGAGAUUGAAAGGCGAUUAGAGGUUUUAGACAAGCUGUUUUUUGAGCCACAACUUUUAGCAGCAGACGACAAAUUUAUCCUUAGACCUGGAACUCAGUUACUUCCUUAUUAUUACCGAAUGAAGGCUGUUGAUGAUGUAAAAUUGUUAGACAGAGAAAUACCAAAUCGUGGAUCUCAACCACUUAGACCAUUCCUUAUUAAUUAUCUUGCUGGAUGCUCUCAAAAACUCGUCCAUCAAUUCUGUGACUCUUACGAACAUGCUAGGUACGAUCCAAAUGAAUAUGGCGAUGAAGAAUAUCAAAAGUAUCAUCAUCUACUACUCAAAAUGAUAGAAGCUGCUAAGCUUACAAAACAAACAGCCAAGACGUCUCCAAGUCGCAAUCGAACGCCUACAAAGAAGUCAUCAUCAAAAAUACAACCAUUAUUAGACCCAUCACGUUUAAAACCACCAAUAACGAUGCCAGAGACACGAAAUUCUCAAUUGAAUUUAUCGAUUGGAUUACAACAGCAGCAGUUGGAGGAUGAUGAGAAUGAGAUUUUGAGUAUUUCGCAGAUUCAUGACGUACCAAAAAUUGAAAUGUUAUGAAACAUGAAUAGAUAUUGAUAAGUUUAAGGCUUUUUGGAUCAAGUAGCAAAUUUGAAAAAUAACGGUGAAAUAUAAUUCAAAUUUCAAAAAAU